GCUCGCUCCGGGCAGGCAGGCAGUUGCUCCGGGAGCCUGAGUGCCAGGCGGCUGCACCAGGAGCCCCCUUCUCCGAGCGCCCCGCUGCCCCUCGCGCCCCGCCCGGGGCUGUCGGGCUCCCGCCCCGAGCGGCUCUCGCUGCAGCGGAGCCCGACCGGCCGCGAUGCCGUCGGAUCGGCCCUUCAAGCAGCGGCGGAGCUUCGCGGAUCGUUCGAAAGAGGUGCAGCAGAUCAGAGAGCAGCAUCCAAGCAAAAUCCCGGUCAUCAUUGAAAGAUACAAGGGGGAGAAGCAGCUGCCAGUGCUGGAUAAGACCAAAUUUCUAGUCCCCGACCAUGUCAAUAUGAGCGAAUUGGUAAAAAUUAUCCGGCGCCGCCUGCAGCUGAACCCUACCCAGGCCUUCUUCCUGCUGGUGAACCAGCACAGCAUGGUGAGUGUCUCCACCCCCAUCUCGGAGAUCUACGAGCAGGAGAAGGACGAGGACGGCUUCCUCUACAUGGUCUAUGCCUCGCAGGAGACCUUCGGCUACUGAAACGGAUGCGCAGCACGCUGGGACAAACUGAAACUGUUGCACAUGGCCCCCACCCCGGAAAGAUGACGUGGCCAGAGGCUCACGGCGCAGGAGCUGUGCAGACCCUCUCUUCCCCCCCCCCCCCAGCCCCCAUAUCGACUUCACCCCUGUAAAGGCACAGACAAAGCUAGUGCCCUGUGUUUGACUCAUGCCUCCCCUCCCCCACCCCCCUGCCCCAGGCACAGCACUAGUCCCUCACCUCACCUCCCUACCCCACCUCCUCCUCAGCAGGAACUUCAGCUGUGUGUGUGUAUUUCUUCUUAGCCUAAUGCCAAAUCAGCCUGGGCUGGUGAUGGGGAGUCAAAGGGGGGGCCAUCUCCUUGACUUGUAGUGUGUGUGUGGGGGGGCUUGUCCUCUGAAAAUUUAAUAAAGGGCAGGAAGUCUGCAAAAAACAAGCCAACAAACAAAAUCAUUGCUCUUGAGUUUUAAUUGAUUUUAAUUACACGCAUAUCAAAUUCUUGGUGCUACCGAGUAGGUGUAGGCGUCUGUAGGACUGUGGAUAAUGUAUAUCUGUUAGAUUUAUUUUAUUAUUGGUUUUUAUUUUUUAACCGGGGGCGGGAGGGGAAUAAUUUGCCUGUAUUCUGUAGAUAAAUAAACUGAGCUUCUUUGCACUUUAAAAUGCAGCAGAGUGGAGUUAGCCUAAUUUAUACACAUACAGCACUGCUUCUCUGGCAACUUUUGGACCUUGAGUUCCUUUAUUCUUCUUCUUUGGAAUUGUUUAAAAAAAACAACUCCCCUCCCCCCCUCUCUCUUGCAUGGGGUGUUUUGGUCCCGUUGUGGCAGAGACCCUUGAGGAAUGUACUGAUUUACAUUUUUUCCUUUUUUCAUGUACUAUACCAAAAGAAAUGUAUAUGAAAAAACCCACCCAGUUAAAGCGAUACAAAAGUCUAUAUACAUUAUACAUACAAAUAAAUAUGAAUUCAA